AUGGAGCUCAAAAUGCUCCGACGGAGUUGCAGAGUUAAAGAAAUUACUUGUUUACGACCAUCAAGGCGUAUUGGAACUUGGGGGAGAGGUGGAAGUUUGAGAGUCCAAGCUAGAAAGAGAAAUAAAGAAGAGAAAGGGAUGAAUGAGAGAGAGGGGUGUGGGGGAGCUUACAAAGAAGUGUACAUAGGUUAUGAUCAUGUUGAGGAAACUGAAAUUGCAUGGAACCAAAUUGUUUUCUACGGAAAAGAUGAAGAAGCAUUAAAAACACCGGAAAAAUUGUUCGCUGAAGCUACUAUGUUGAUGUCCUUAAACCAUGCAAGGGUUAUGAAGUGUUUUUCUUAUUGGUUCGAUUCCAAGUCCAAUACCCUAAACAUGAUCACGGAGUUAUUCCCCUCGGGCAGCUUGAAGAAGUAUCUGCCGAAUUAUGAUAACGUUGAUUUGGCAAGUAUCAAGAGCUGGGGCAGACAGAUUCUUGAAGGUUUGAGGUUUCUCCAUAGCCAGAGCCCGAAGAUCAUCCAUAGAGACAUCAAGUGUGACAAUGUGUUUGUUGAUAGUGAUGGGAAGCAAGUUAAGCUUGGAGAUUUUGGGUUGGGGGUUCGUCUUAUGGAGGGCAAUUUCGUGAAAGAUGCUAAGGGUACGCCUGAAUUCAUGGCUCCAGACAAUCAGAUGCAGAUAUUUAGGAAAGUGUACACUGGUGUGAAGCCCGCGUCUAUCGGAAAGGUGAAGGAUACCAGAGUGAAAGAUAUCAUCGAAAAGUGUUUGCUUCCCGUGUCUGUUAGGCCGUGUGCGGAAGAGUUGUUGAAAGAUCCAUCCUUUUUAUACGACAAUUGUGGAUCAUCAGCUACAUUGGAGGCUUGUGCUCCUGCUGCCAGCUUUAGCAGCCAGGAGCCUUUUCUUUUCCAGAAUUUGUAG